GCUUAUGCGCUUCGCUUUGCCGGGCGAACCCAGUCCAGUCGCGCGCUGCUGCUGGCUGGAGUGUUGCCCGGCAACUUCACGCGCGGCAAGGAGGGUCUCCUGGAGCCACCGCGCUGGGAUGCUUCAGGAAAGCGCUUCGACUCCACAACUGACGAUGCCUCAAGGCCCAGGGUCUUCUGCGUCUUCAAAGAUUUUCAAGCCCUUCCUCUCUACCUGAUCCAG